AUGUUUAUUCUCAACUCUGCAUACGAUUCAUUUCAGGUACGAUAUGUUCUGAUACCGGAUUCGUUGGCUCCUGGUAAUUCGUGGUCGUGUUGCAAACAUAAUAUCCGGAACUGCAAUUCCACGCAAAUGGAAUUCCUUAACGGAUUCAGGGACGCGAUGGUGGAUGCAUUGAAGGUUGUCGAAGAUAAAGAGGGAUGGGGAUUGUUCAUUGAUUCAUGCUUCACUCACUGCCAAACGGUCUCUGACAUCUCUUGGAAUUCACCAUUCUCCCCUAGGCUUGGAGAUAAGACAAUUGCUGAGGCUGUAGGAGAUUGGCAAUGUGGAUGUAGCGAAAGAGUGAAAGAGAUUGACUGCGAGUACCCAUGCAACCCAACAUGCAGUAGACAGUUGCCGUGGAUGUAA